AUGGGUGCUCCCGCCGAACUCUUCACACUCAUCGAGCAGUUCCUCCAGGACCAGGGCUGUGUCAACGCCCUGAAGGCCUUCCAGAAGGAGGCCAAGAACACUCUGAAGUCCAGCUCGAAGCCUGACCAGACCUUGAUCCAGAUCUACAACUCUUACGUCGCCGACAAGUCUGCUUCAGCUUCAGGAUCCAGCGGCAGCUCCAACAAGGAGGAGAGCUCUGAUUCUUCCUCCGACGAGGAGUCCAGCUCUGACUCUUCAUCUUCCUCCUCGUCUGAUAGCGAUGACGACGCCGACUCUGAAUCCUCCGACUCGAGCGAUGAUGACGAGGAAGAGGAGAGCGCUUCCUCCUCUUCUAGCAGUGUCGAUUCUGAUACCAAGGAGGCCGUGAUCGCAGCGGUUGUCGAGGACAAGGACAGCAGCAACGACUCUUCUUCCUCCUCCUCAUCUGGUUCUGACUCUGAUUCUUCAUCUUCGUCCUCCUCUUCUUCCUCGUCUUCAUCAUCCGCCGCCUCCGACUCUGACUCGAGCUCUUCGUCCAGCUCUUCUUCCAGCAGCAGCAGCUCGGAUUCCGACUCUGACUCUGACUCUAGCAGCGACGAAGAGGAGAAAGUUGCCAUCAAGGAGGUCAUCAUGGCCCCACCUGCCAAGAAGAUGAAGAUUGAGGGCCAGAAGCCCGUCAAGGUCCAGAAUGAGCCCUUUAAGCGUGUCAAGGCCGAGGAUGUUGUCUUUUUGAACGACAAGCUCAAGGAUAACACCUAUAUGUCCAAGGGAGGUUCAGAGGUUGGAUACGGAUACAAGGCACAUUUGGAUAUGAUUGUGACAAAGGGCAAGGGCUUCCGCGCCGAAAAGACGAAAAAGAAGCGUGGUUCCUACAGGGGUGGCCAAAUCGAUUUCGAGUCUCACUCUUUCAAGUUCCCUGACAGCGAGUAA